CCAUCCCUCAACCCCUACUUUUUUACAAUUGUAUAGAAUGUUGACAGUAUAUUCAGUUGUAAAACCACCAAAAUCUGGGAAUUGCACAGUAUCAGAAGAAUGUAUUCCAGUAAUUUCUGUUGCUGACUUGAAGGAAUUGAUUAAUGAUCCAGAAAAUAUAUCCCAAAGAACUGAAAAAAUUAAUAAUUUAAGACAAAAACUGGACACAAUUAUUGAGGAUGGUUGUUGGGAUUUAGACGACAUAUUGUUAGAACAUAACUACUCAGACUCAACUGUGUUUGAUUGUGUAGUAUACUUUUUAGCAGGGUAUAUAGGGAAACGUUUGGUUGCUAGAACUAAAUGUCAAGAAUGUAUAGAAGGAUUAAAAAAUUUAAAUUCUACAUUUGGACCAGAAGCUGAUUUAGUCCAAGCAAAAAGUAAGGGAUAUUUAACACACCCAGAUCAUAAUUUAUACAUCAUUUUGAAAAGACUAGAACUAUGUUUUGGUAAGUAUUGUAGGUCAAAUGAUGUAUUUGAAGAAACAUACAACGAAUUUUUCAAAAGUUAUUCUACCAUAUAUUUUCCUUGCUAUUUACAUAAAAAUGAUAUUCUUACUAAUAUAUUUUCUUAUUACAUAAUUAUGAGAAUGAGACAAUUUACUUACAUGGAUAAUCAAAACAAUAAAAAACAAAACAGAACCAAAAAAAAAUUGUCCAAGCUAGUUUCGACUUAA